UCAAGUUCGGGUGUUCUUUGGGGAUUUGAAAGAUAUUCCGGGAUUUUUUAAUAAUUCUCCUCAACGCGUAGAGGUACUGAACAGAAUUAUGGGAAAAAAAAUUCCCCAAGGAGCAACAUUAAAUGUAGUGUUUGAGAACAGAGAAUCACUCAUUGCAUGCAUUGAAGAAAUAGAAGAAAAUUUCACUAAUGAAACCUUGCAGAAGAGAAAAACCGAGCCAGCACAAGUUAAAACGGCUAUCGAUAAUUUUGAGAAAUGUUUUGUCGAUGUGAGAAAUAAAAUUGAUGACAGAAUAAAGGAAGCCAAAAUUAUUUGCACUGAACCCCAAGGCAACAAAAGGAGACGACGUAAUAAUAGCAGUCACGAUCACCCAGUUGCCGCAUUAGAAGUAUGCGACAAUAUAGUGAAUUCUGCAAAUCGCAGAUUUCAAUUCAAAGAUCAUUUGGUAGCCGCAUCCCUUUUUUUUUCCCGAACACUUUGGAGAAUACUGUGGUAAGUUUCCUGAUGACAAGUUGGAAACUACCUGCUUGGCUUAUCCCGAAUUAGAAAAAAGUCGUUUAAAGACAGAGUUGUCUCUCUGUCUCUUUUGAAAUUUUUGAUACAAAAUAGUUUGUAGGAAAUACUAAAAGAAACGAAAAAGCUAUUAGAAAUUAUUGUUACAACUCUUAUGUCAACAUCAGAGUCUGAGCGAAAUUUCUCAACAUUGAAAAGAAUCAAGAAAUUUCUUCCAACUACUAUGACCCAGGAUCGCCUUACAGCGUUGUCAAUGCUGUCCAUUGGAAAGGAAU